AUGGCCGCCCAGCGUCUGUCCCAACUCUCGAACCAGAUCUCUGGUGUCCCAUCCAAUGCUCGCGAUGCCUUGCUUGCAAAAAACCCCGAUGAUAUUGUCAUAGUUUCGGCACUAAGAACGGCCCUCACCAAGGGUGGUAAGGGUGGAUUCAAGGACACGGCUGGGGCUGACCUUCUUGCUGGUGUUUUGAGGGGUGUGAUCCAAAAAUCGGGUAUCAACCCAGAGUUAGUCGAGGACAUCGCCGUCGGCAACGUUCUUGCUCCUGGUGCCGGUGCUACCGAGUUCCGGGCAGCCGCCAUUGUUGCCGGUUUCCCAGUUUCAACCGCCGUUAGAUCACUCAACAGACAAUGUUCGAGCGGUCUUCAAGCAGUCGUCGACAUCGCCAACCAAAUCAAAGCUGGUAUGAUUGAUAUCGGUAUCGGUGCUGGUUGCGAAAGCAUGUCGCAGAAUUACGGACCAGGUGCAGUUUCCGAAUUCUCUCCAUUGUUGGACGGGAAUGUCGAGGCAGCCAACUGCAAAGUCCCAAUGGGUCAGCUCUCGGAAGCUAUGGCCAAAGACAGGGGUGUUAGCAGGGCUUCACAAGACAAAUUUGCCGCUGAAUCCUUCCAAAAGGCCGAGAGCGCCCAGAAAGCCGGUCUCUUUGAUGAAGAAAUCGUCCCUCUCACUGUGUCCUUCGAGGAUCCAAAGACUGGCGAGACUAAGCAGAUCGUAGUGGCUAAGGAUGAUGGUAUCCGCCCCGGAAUGACCGCCGAAUCCCUCGGCAAGAUCCGACCAGCCUUCGCGAAGGAUGGAUCUAUCCAUGCCGGUAAUGCCUCUCAGGUUUCGGACGGCGCUGCUGCCGUAUUAUUGAUGAAGCGCUCCAAGGCUGAGCAACUUGGCCUUAAGAUCUCGGGCAAGUACGUCACAGCGGCUGUCGCUGGAGUUCCACCACUUUUGAUGGGGGUUGGCCCAUGGAAGGCUAUUCCCAAGGUUUUGGAGAAGACCGGCAUCAGCAAGGAUGAUGUUGAUAUCUACGAAAUCAAUGAGGCAUUCGCUUCGCAGUGCUUGUGGUGUGCUAACGAGCUCGGAUUGGAUCAAAACAAGAUCAACCCCAAGGGAGGGGCUAUUGCAUUUGGGCAUCCGUUAGGAUGCACCGGUGCGAGGCAAAUCGCGACAUUGCUACCGGAGCUGAAGAGGACAGGCAAGAAAAUUGGAGUUACUAGUAUGUGUAUCGGAACAGGAAUGGGGCUGGCGGCGGUGUUUGUGAACGAGGCAUAG